UCUAUCUCCCGAUGGACUACAAAGCUGUCACCGUACAGAGGCAUGCAAGGCCACAUGCGACGAAGCACAGCGCAGAAUCCAGGUUCUGGCGUCAGUUUAAGCACCCCGUAUUCGUGAAGGAAUAUGCUCCUGUAACUUCCAUCCACUUCUCCCCUGCCAAGCCCCACAGAUAUGCUGUUACUGCAGCGACUCGCGUACAAAUCUACGCCCCGCGCACCCAAAAGGUUGCCAAGACAAUAUCACGGUUCAAAGACGUGGCACGCAGUGGCAACAUUCGUUCAGACGGAAAACUUGUCGUAGCGGGCGACGACACGGGUCUCGUUCAGAUAUUUGACAUCAACUCCCGGGCAAUACUGCGCACAUUUGACUCCCACAAGCAACCGGUCCAUGUAGCAAAAUUCUCUCCCCUUUCGCAUACCCAGGUUCUCUCAUGCUCGGACGAUACGACUGUAAAACUUUGGGACGUGCCGUCUCAAGCGGAAGCAGUCACUUUCACUUCUCAUACGGACUAUGUUCGAUCGGGGGAGGUGUCUCCUUCCAACCCUCACCUUAUUUUGACUGGCUCAUAUGAUGGAACAAUGAGGUUACAUGACUCUCGGAGUGGGGAAUGCGAGAUGAUAAUGAGUGGGAAGGCAACAAAUACUUCUCCUGUAGAGGCAGUCCUCAUGCUGCCAUCCGGCACAGUUGCCCUGUCUGCUGCGGGACCCAUACUGCGGGUAUGGGAUCUCAAUGCUGGUGGACGAUGUAUACGAGCACUGUCCAAUCACCAAAAAACUGUAAUGUCCCUUGCAUACGAUGCAAAUGCUGGUCGCCUUCUGACCGGUUCCCUCGACCAAAUGGUAAAAGUAUACGAUAUAUCUACUUAUAAAGUGGUCCACACAAUGCGCUACGCAGCGUCGGUACUAUGCCUUGCCAUUUCUCCAGAUGAAACGCACAUAGCCGCCGGGAUGUCAGAUGGCACACUCUCGGUACGUCGACGGCAGCCGACGGCCUCUGAAACCAGCAUGGAGUAUGCCACUGCGCUGAAGGCGGGCACGUACGAGACAUUCUUAGGUGGUACCUUGCCCUUAGUUGGUCAAGGUCACAUAAAAUCAAAGACAAAAUCUAAACCUGUUGGAGAUGCGGGCGAACUGAGAAUAGAAAGCAGGAGAGCUAAACGGCUGAAACAAUAUGAUCGCUUCCUGAAAGCGUUCAAGUAUUCCGCAGCUUUGGACGCUGUCCUUCAAAAGAAUGUCCCUCCCACGGCCACCUUUUCCCUCAUACAGGAACUUAUCCAUCGUGACGGCCUUAGAAGUGCGAUGUCCGGUCGAGAUGAUGUUUUGCUGGAACCCAUCCUACGACUCCUCGUCAAGCAUGUGACUGACUCUAGGUUUGGAGACUUGGUCUGUGACAUGGCCUCUUUGCUUAUUGAGCUCUACUCGCCAGUUUUUGGCCAAUCACCUCUAGUUGACUCUCUUCUACUUCGCUUACGAAAGAAAGUGCUUGCGGAAAUUCGACUGCAGAAGGAAUUAACAAAAACGAAGGGUACACUAGAAAUGGUGUUUUCCUGUGUUGCUCUGGUGACUGCAUCACAGGAAACAGGAGAACAUGUACCUAGGGAAAUGUCACGAACACUCUUGUAAAAAGGCGACGAGAUGCUCCAGUAUUUCUUUCUGUGGCAUCCCAAUGGCACUCUUGCCACCAGAGUCAUCUGCGUCGACGUUAUCGUGAUACAUCUGUAACGUCUGCUUGAUAUUUUCAAGUUUUAAGUUCUUGCGCUCAAGCAUCUUUGCGAGAUGGGCUCGUGCCUAAAAUGAUAGUCAGCCAGUCAA